GGCAACAUUGCCCACGGCUAAAAAAAUCGACUUGUUAACUUUAUUUUGUUUAUUUCGCUGUUUACUUUCAUCCGUAUAUGAAGUUUUGUGCAUUCGUUCAUAUUCACGGGUUUUAAUGAAUUUGUGAUCAAAAUAAUAAAAUAUAUAAUAAAAUUGUUGAAUUUCAUUCGCAUUGAAAAAUUUUGGUUUUAAAACAAUUUACAAUUCUAGAAAAAAAAUCAUAAAACGUAAAAUAUUAUGGUGAGAAGUGAAAAAUAGUGUUUUUAUAAGCUAGUUAAAUGUCCUGAUAAAUGCGUAGAUAACUUGAAGCGGGUGUUUACUUAUUACGAAUUGCAAUUGACUGCAUAUCACAAACAAAUUCCGUCAAGAAUUACUAAAAUUUAUAAGAAAUUAUUGGUAAUUUCGAAAAUUUCUGUAAUAUCCAUAUCCAGAGAGUAUUAAAUAAACAAAACGUUGUGCUGAAAAGGCGGCAAGAGACAAAAGCUGCCGACAACAGUUCCAAAGUUGCUACUAAACUAAUAUUUUUGAAAAAGUCCACAACCCUCAGCAAUGGGUCAGCUUAUGGCAAAAUUGGCCGUACCGCUACAGCACUGCAGCGACAAUGUCGUCAAUAUAUUAGCUGGACGCCGCAAACGAAAACGUUCGCUAGACUCUAGCAGCACUUCAGAUGAGCUACAGAAUAGCGAAACGCAAUCGCCAAAGAAAAAAAGACUACUCACCACCACACAAUACAUUUACCAGGCGCUUUUUAAGGAGCAGAAAAAUUCCGAUAUUGCCGUUAUGGCGCUGGGCAAGGUGUGGAAUCUACACAAGGUGUAUCUAUGUCAGAGCCCGUACUUUUACAGCAUGUUCAAUGGUUCGUGGAAGGAAUCCUGUCAGGAUUUUGUGCACAUUAAAAUUUUAGAUGAACACAUAACGCUGGAAGCGCUGGAUGCCGUUUUUGGUUCCAUGUACUCCGAUGAGAUAGAAAUUGAUCCAAAGGCAGUGAUUUCGGUAUUGGCCACCGCGACACUCUUCCAUUUAGAGGGCAUUAUUGACAAAUGCGCUGAAGUGAUGAUUGAAACCAUUAACGCGGAGACUGCCAUUAGUUACUACGAAGCUGCUUGUCUCUAUGGCAGCGUGAAUGUUAAGAAAGCCGCAAUGGUGUUUUUGGAAACAAAUUUACUCUGCAUUUAUCCCAAAGACGAACAACUGCUGCGACAGAUCAGCGUAGAGUUAAUGACAAAACUGGUAGCCAGCCCCGAUUUAUACGUUAUGCAGACGGAGUUUUCCUUAUACACAUUACUGCGUACUUGGAUGUAUCUGCGUCUGCAUCCACUUUACGAUGCCGAAAACACUGCGGAUAUACCGCCUACAGCCGGUGAGGGCGAUGGCAGUAGAAGUGGCGUUGCCGGCAAUGCCAACAGCAAUAACAGCAACAGCGUUAGUCAGUGUCUUGCAGAACUGGUGAAAGAUUACUUUGCAAAUCGCAGUGAGAAACGUUCAUUCCUGGCCACAGCUGAGGGUCAACAAUUUGUGCCGGCAUUCCAAGCGUUACGCACGCAGUACUUAACCAAUCAUCAUACGGAUUUGAAAAUCGUACUUAAUGACAAUGUUAUACCAAAGGAUUGGCUGCAUAGUCAUGUAUUGACGCAUUGGCAUUCUAUUUUAAAGGUUGACCACCUGCCGGAGGAGGGACCGCAAAACCUCGAUGCCGAUGUCUUUUAUAAGAAUUGUAUGCGCUGUGGUCGCGUACUACUCGAGCCCGGCUAUCAGAAGUGGCGUUGGACAGGUUUCAACUUCGGCUUAGAUCUUGUGCUGGUCGCUGAUUCACGGCUACUUAGCAUACGUCGUCACCAUCGUAAUGAGCAUGAGCGUUUAUUGAGUCUACAAACGAAAAGGCAGUUUAUGAUACGCACUUCGGUGACCUCGAUCAAUUCACAACGUCAACCAACGUUCACGCAAAAGACCGAAAUAACUUCGCUCAGUCUGGAAAAGAAUCAGGAAGUGACGAUAAUGCUUAUGGACACCAUGCUGGUGCAUCCACUGCUCAUAUCGGUGAAUCUGUUGGUUGUGCCGCCGGCGUCACAGCACUUUAAGCAACAUGUGUACAGCAAUGAAGACACACUAAAUACGGCGACAGUUCCUAUAUCAGAAAUCGGUGCCAAUUGCAAUCCGGCCGGCGAUGCGGCGUCCGUACAGCGGCCAGGCACGCCAACAAACAGCAUUGCAGCCGCUGAGCGUCUAAUGUUGUCGGCCGAUGACUCGGCGGUGUGUGUAGUGCCGCCUUCACCGCCAAAUGUACCGUCAAUGCCGCUAACACCGCCGCCCACACAUCGCGCUGCCUCCACAACGUCUACAGUGUCGACGGCUUCAUCCGUUGGUUCGGCGGUGUCGGUCUCCUCGUCGGCGUCCGACUUUGUAUAAAGUAGAUUAGCUAAAUGCCAUAGGUAUAAUAUGGAGACGUUCCAUAUAUUUUGUGAUUAUUUUACUAACGAAAUCGUGUUCAUAUUUUUCAUACAUUUGAAUAUUAUUUUUUAAUACUUUUGCAAUAUAAAUUCUGCCACAAACGCGCACAAACAGCAAAAAUGGAAAAUGCUUUCAUCCAUUAAGAAGAAUUCUCAAUUGUCUAAAUAUUUGUUUGUACAUUGUGGGGGAAAAAUGAAAAGUGAAUUCCGCUCAGGCUAUGCAUUGCAAUAUCGUAUCCAUAUAAAUAUUAUGUAGAAACCAAAUUAUGCUUAAAAUAUGUAUGUUGAUUUUAAGAAAGCAUACGAUCUGGAACGAGAGUUUACACUGUACUGCUGAGUUUGCAUUUUCGUUUAAGUUCAAUAACAAAUGAAAUUUGAAGUUAUUUACAUUAGUAAUACUCGCUUUGCAGCUUUCACAAUUUAUAAAUCAUGAUUUUACAAAAGAUAAUAUCGUAUUAGAAUGUCAAAUUCUCGCAAUACGUACAUGGAAACAUACAUAUAAAAUAUCGCUAUGUAAAUAUAUUUGUAUUGAAUUAAAAUUUAUAUAUAGUUGUAUACCAAACUUUUUUAUACUUAUAUACUAUCUUGUUUUUUUUUUUACUCUGUACAUACAUACAUACUAUAUUAUGUAUAAUCAUGAAUGGUGUCGCACAAAUAAUAUACAACUAACUGCGUUAACAAAUCAA